AUUUAGGGACCGGUCGUAAAGAAGAGACCACGAUUCUCCGACUAUCUGAAAGGUUUUGAGAGGGUGUUUUCUGAUCAUGGUGGCCGAAGCAUUCAAACCACCUUGCUGACCACCCGCCAUCGGCGCGGUCUCUGUCGCGGGAUACCAAAAAAAGCUCGUCUAGUUUGUGUCUCAAGUUGAAGCAAAGAACAAGAGUAACCCUACACGUCAUCACCCUGCCUGCUCCAGGUUUGAGAAAGGCAACCUGGAAAGGAACAAGUUCAACUUUUCAUCCCACUUCCUCUGUGCGACCAUCAAGCAGAGACCAGGCGGAUCAGCUUUGUUCAUUCGGUCGUCCGUUCGCGUUGCCGGUUUUCAGGGUCCAGCCUGCACACUGGUUUCGGGGCAGAUAUCCCGCCAGCGCCCGGCCGCCUGUCAACGGUCGCCUCUCUGCCUGCCCUGCUUCGCACUCCCGCCCGUAGACCGCCGCCGUGCGCCCUUGAGGCCCGGAUGAGGAAUCUUGAAACCAGCCUACAGGCCAGAUUUAGUAUCGAGUGACAGAUCCCCAGCGAUCCUCUCCCAAUACUCGCGGGCUCAGCAUCUUCUUGGCACCGAUCGCCAUCAACUGCAUUCCUUAAAAGUCCAUGGUUGGCCAGCUCCCUUUGGUUGCAAACGUGGAAAACCAAGCCUGUGAGGUAUGAUCAAUGGCCCCACGUACUUUCCCACCCCCGCCUAGAAACCCCUGUCACGCCGUCGAGCUUGUCCACUAAAUUCAAAAAGUAAAGGGGGCUUUGGAUUCUAAUCCACAUUCACAACAUUCACCGACAGUCCUCCACGCCAUCUUUCUUCGUAUUUCACGCUCUUUUACGCUCCCUUCCUGUUUUCCCUUUCUUCAUUGUGUACUUGUUGUUUCUGUGGAGGACCCUUCAUUUUUGGCCCAUUCCCUAGCUCUCCCAAUGGUCUAAUUUUUCCAACCUACUUGAUUUGACAGUUUCGACAUCAUGCUCACCUUCCGCCGCGCCCUCGUGGCCGCGGUGUUUUUCAUCGCUGUCCUCUUCCUCACAACACGAUCGUCAUCACCGGCUGCCUCGGCGGCAGCUGUCGAGUAUCCAAAAGUACAGCCCGGAGCAGAGGCCGCGAGGCAGGAAUCGCAAACAACGGCGUCUUCUGGGCAGAAAGCUGCCGACGACCAGGCGGUACAAAAUGGCGGACAUCAGGGCGGCCCGCCGAAGCAGAAGCCGAUGAAGGAUAUGUCAAGAAUGACGCUUUACGAGAAGCUCGCCUACCAGUUUCCCUACGAUGUCGAGACGAAAUUCCCAGCUUACAUUUGGCAAACGUGGAAAUGGACACCAGCGCACGGAGAGUUUACCUUUCGCGAGCAGGAGGCGACAUGGACGGAGCAGCACCCAGGGUUUAUCCACGAGGUCAUCACCGAUCAGGUUGCUGUGCACCUGCUCCGUCUCCUCUACGGAUCAGUUCCCGAGGUUCUGGAGGCGUAUGAGGCGCUUCCUCUUCCUGUGCUCAAGGCCGAUUUCUUCCGCUACUUGAUCCUGCUCGCCAGAGGAGGUAUCUAUUCCGACAUCGACACGUAUGCAAUCCGCAGCGCGCUCGAGUGGGUCCCCGAAUCAGUCCCGCGCGACCAGAUCGGAUUGGUUAUUGGAAUCGAGGCGGAUCCGGAUCGCCCGGAUUGGAAGGAUUGGUACAGCCGAAGAAUUCAGUUUUGCCAGUGGACCAUCCAGAGCAAGCCCGGUCACCCUGUGCUGAGAGAAGUGGUGUCCCGCAUUACCGAACAGGUCCUGAAGAGGAAGAGAGCUGGUUCGCUCAAAGAUGUUGUCGACAAGGAUGUUAUUGAAUUUACUGGCCCAGCCCUUUGGACGGAUAUUAUCUUCGGGUACUUCAACGACGAGCGGUACUUCGACAUGGAGAAUUCGGUCGGCCUGAUUGACUGGAAGAAUUUUACUGGCAUGGAGACGGCAAGACGUGUGGGAGAUGUCAUCGUGCUCCCCAUCACCAGCUUCUCACCAGGUGUACAACAGAUGGGCGCUAAAGAUUACGACGAUCCUAUGGCGUUUGUGAAGCACGAUUUCGAGGGCACAUGGAAACCUGAGAGCGAGCGUCACAUUGGCGAGCAAUGAUGGCUACAUCCAUCGUGCACAGCAUCAUUAUGAACUUCACUUUUCUUGGAACGAGACAUAAUUCCUUUUUAAUCUACUUUACUGCAUGGGCUGGCGUUUGUGUUUCUACGCUGCAUACCCAGCUUAGUUCUGGGGUCUUGAAAUUUCAAGGAAGAUGGGCGGGGAUAGAGUGUACAAAAGGCUACGGGGGUGGACGAACGUGACAUGCUGUACGCAAAAGGGAUGUACAUAACACUCAUGGAAUCCGACGGUUAGACUUGCAGUCUACCGUGGCCCAUUUUGGAGGGGGGA